UAGAGGAGUACAGAGCAGUGAGAGGGAUAGAGGGAGGGGAAGAGAGAGUGAGUGGUGCAGCCCACAUCUAGAGGAGGACAGAGCAGUGAGAGGGAUAGAGGGAGGGGAAGAGACAGUGAGUGAGUGGUGCAGCCCACAUCUAGAGGAGUACAGAGCAGUGAGAGGAAUAGAGGGAGCAGGAGAGAGAGAGGGGAAGAGAGAGUGAGUGGUGCAGCCCACAUCUAGAGGAGGACAGAGCAGUGAGAGGAAUAGAGGGAGCAUUAACUGCUGCUCCAGGGCUGCAUGCAGCUGUCUGGUCUGGGGCUGAGAGGGAGCAGGAGAGAGGGAGGGGUAGCUCAUAGGAGGAGGAGAGGACCUGAAGGGAGAAAGAGGAGAGACGGGGUAAGAAGAGGGGAGGAGAGAAACAGAUGAGAGUGAGCGGAGCAUAGUAGGCCGGUUGACUGGAUGUAUCGUGGAGAAGCUAGGAGAAACUGGCAGACUGCAGCCGGUCUAUAAAAGGGAGGAGGGGCCUGACAGAUCGUGGUUGUAGUGUCACUACUCUACUCAGCACUAAGAUGUCAUGGCGUCCGACAUACCGAAGCUCCAAGUUUCGAAACGUCUACGGCAAAGUGGCCAACCGAGAGCACUGCUUUGACGGCAUUCCCAUCACCAAGAACGUCCAUGACAACCACUUCUGUGCCGUCAAUGCCAAGUUCCUGGCCAUCGUCACGGAGAGUGCCGGUGGAGGGUCCUUUAUCGUUAUCCCUGUCUCCCAGGCCGGCCGCAUCGACCCCCACCACCCCAAAGUGUGUGGCCACCAAGGCAAUGUCCUGGACAUCAAAUGGAAUCCCUUCUUUGAAAACAUCAUAGCUUCCUGCUCUGAAGAUUCCUCUGUACGAGUAUGGGAGAUCCCAGAGGGAGGGCUGAGGCGAAAUAUGACAGAGGCCAUGAUGGAGCUGUAUGGACACAGCAGGCGUGUGGGUCUCAUCGAGUGGCACCCCACCAGCAGUGGAAUCCUCUUCAGCGCUGGCUAUGACUAUAAGAUCCUGAUCUGGAACCUGGAGAUAGGUGAGCCGGUGAAGAUGAUCGACUGUCACUCUGACGUCAUCGUGUGUAUGUCCUUCAACACAGACGGCAGCCUGCUGGCCACCAGCUGUAAGGACAAGAAGCUGCGUGUCAUCGAGCCCCGCUCCGGGAGAGUCUUACAGCACGCCAGCUGUAAGAACCACAGGGUGAACAGAGUGGUGUUUCUGGGCAACAUGAAGCGGCUGCUGACAACAGGUGUGUCCCGGUGGAACACCAGACAGAUUGCACUGUGGGAUCAGGAGGACCUGUCUAUGCCCAUGGUAGAAGAGGAGAUAGACGGUCUCUCAGGGCUGCUGUUUCCUUUCUAUGAUGCAGACACACACAUGCUGUACCUGGCAGGAAAGGGCGAUGGCAACAUCCGUUACUAUGAGAUCACCACAGAGAAGCCCUACCUGCAGUAUCUCAUGGAGUUCCGCUCCCCUGCCCCACAGAAAGGCCUUGGUGUGAUGCCUAAACAUGGGCUGGACGUAACGGCCUGCGAGGUGUUUCGCUUCUACAAGCUGGUGACGCUGAAGGGGCUGAUCGAGCCCAUCUCCAUGAUAGUACCAAGAAGGUCAGAGACGUACCAGGAGGACAUCUAUCCAAUGACGGCAGGGACCGAGCCUGCCCUCUCAGCCAAUGACUGGUUGAGUGGUAUCAACCGAGACCCAGUGUUAAUGUCCCUGAAGAAGGGCUACCAGAAGCCCAACCAGCUGGUGUUCAAGGCACCGGUGAAGGAAAAGAAAGGUGUGGUGGUCAACGGCAUUGACCUGCUGGAAAAUGUGCCACCCAGGACAGAGAACGAGCUACUGAGGAUGUUCUUCAGGCAGCAGGAGGAGCUGAGAAAGCUGAAGGAGGAGCUGAACACCAAGGACGUUAAAAUACGCCAGCUGGAGCUGGAACUCAACAACCUGAGGAACGUCAGCCCCGUUGGAAACAAUGUCUGACCUCUGAUCUCUAGCUUAUGGCACCACCACCACCACGCCACGUCCAACGUCCUCCCUCCCUUUCAUCGUGUAUCAUUUGUACUUCUUGUUGCAAUUGAUAAUGUAAUAGCCACCGGAUAAUGUAAAUACUGAUUAUAACGUUUGUGUAACAGUUUUUGUUAUCGAUAAUGUAAUCAUAUUGACAUCACUGUUAAAUCCCUCAGUUGAUAACAUAAUAACCAACUGGUAAUGUAAUUUAUUGUUAUAAGAUUUUUUUUUUAUUCUGUUCCAUUGAUGUAUCCUGAUAUCCGGUUUGGCUUCAUUAUGAUUAGUUAUUACAUCAUCAGUCGCAAUACACCCCUCCCCCCUACUGCAGAGCACCAUCAGUGUAUCCCAGGGGUCCUCACACCCCACCUGCCAUGCCCCUCUGAGUCCACGUGGCAAAGCCUUUGUCAUCGCCCAGAAAUGCCACCCCCAAAUCCUCCAACCUCCACCCUGCCAUCACCAGAGACUACCCUGGGGAAAGAGAUUGACUUCCCCCUUCUCCCCCAAUCCUCCCCCAUGGUCUACCCACUGCAAACCAACUCACAGCAAAGCUGCAACAUCUCAACCUCCCAAUGGAAGAGUCUUCUACUAGUUCCAACUACUGUGGAUGAUGAGUUUUACAGGGACAUGAAUGAAGAUGAUGAGUUUUACAGGGACAUGAAUGAGGAUGAUGAGUUUUACAGGGACAUGAAUGAGGAUGAGUUUUACAGGGACAUGAAUGAAGAUGAUGAGUUUUACAGGGACAUGAAUGAAGAUGAGUUUUACAGGGACAUGAAUGAGGAUGAGUUUUACAGGGACAUGAAUGAGGAUGAUGAGUUUUACAGGGACAUGAAUGAAGAUGAUGAGUUUUACAGGGACAUGAAUGAGGAUGAGUUUUACAGGGACAUGAAUGAAGAUGAUGAGUUUUACAGGGACAUGAAUGAAGAUGAUGAGUUUUACAGGGACAUGAAUGAGGAUGAGUUUUACAGGGACAUGAAUGAGGAUGAUGAGUUUUACAGGGACAUGAAUGAGGUGUAUUUCAAGACAGUUUUUUUUCUUCAUCUCUCCUAAGAAUGUGUUGUCUGUAAAAAGCUGCAGCUCUGGCUCAGACUGGCAUACAGCAACCCAAAUGUAGUCUUAACGGGCAGUUUGUCUGUCGCCUCAGUCAUUAUCUUUAGGAGAAGUUUUGUUGGAAAAUGUAUUAUUGUUACUAUUUAUUUGUUAUAUUUGAUGUUUUUGCUAACUCUUUAUGCAGAACAUUCAUCUCAUGUCUUUGGGAGAAAUCGUGGUCAUGAAAAUGAUAGCUGACACACUUGUGAUUGAAUUAUGUUUUCACACAGAUGGUGGCAAUUUGGCUGAGACCGUAUACUAAAAAAGAUUCAGUAUUUUCUUGAUUGAAUCGAUACAUUACUAAAUCUGGUAAAUUGGAAUAUUAGUUAACAUGAAAUUAGGUUAUGUACGUAAAACAGUACAUCAAACCGAAAUAUUAAUACAAUAUUUGUCUUUAUACCUUUCAGCUAUGAAUAUUCUAUUUAAGAAAGUUACCAACAUUGUUAAUCUGUGGUAUUCCACAUGAUCCAUUCCACUCAAGUUAAGACUGAGAUUUCCUGUAGUUCUGGUUACCUAUACUAUACCUCUACAGAGGAAUCAUUAUUUGUACCAUUGUCAUAAUAUUGUCAUAAUCGGUAACAUACUCUGCAGGGGUUGACUGACUAAAUGAAUGAAACAGCAA